AUGGCAAAUAGAAUACUAGAUCCAAUCUUGAGAUUAUAUGAUCCGAUUCGUUAUUCGUUUAACAAGAAAAAAGAGGAUUAUAUUAUCAUCUCACCAACUGUUGGUUCUAAAUCCCAAUUGAAUGAUGGUGGUAGAAUUACCUUCGAAAUAAAUUCAUUAUCGAAUUGGUUGCUUCUUUCCGAUGCUUAUUCCAGAUGCGAUUUCAAAAUUAAAGAUGGAACUCAGAAUCAAGUUCCACAAACUAAUACAACGUUAGAAAAUAAUUUCUUUCCAUCUUUAUUUAGCGAGAUGGUUUUGGAUGCUGGUUCAAAUCCGAUAGAAACAAUCAAACACCCUGGGGAAUUCGACACAAUGUUGAAAACAGUUUUAUAUCCUAAAGAUUUCGAUUCAGUCUCAGGUUGGAUACCCGAUGUUGGUGAUGGAAGUGUUUUAAAAGAACCGGUAAGAAAUGUUGCAAAUGAUGCCGAUUUAGAUAGAGUGAGAGUUGUUGCUCGAAACACAAUAGAAAGAGUAGGACGAGCAGCUAAUCAUGGAUUCGAAAAACGAGUACUUCAAUAUAAUAAUAUUGUUGAGAAUAAUAGGUGGGGUAAUUACGUAAAUUGGAAAUUAUAUCCUUUAUUCGGUCUGUUGGAACAUAAAAAAGUUUUCAUAGGGUUACCAUAUAAAAUUCAUCUACAAAGAGAAAUCAACGAUGAUAAGAUAUUCUUUGGAGAGAAUGGUUCAGAUGCAAAAUUAGAAAUAACGAAUCUCCAACUUUUCAUACCCGUAAUAACACCAUCAAUUGAAGUAGAAACGAGAAUAUUCAACUCGUUAACUAAAGAUAUCGAAAUAGCUUUUCUUCAUCGUAACACGGUAGGUAGCAUGACUUUAACUGGAGAAUCCACCACAUGGCCAAUCACUAACACUAUAAAACCAGCAAGAUAUUUAAUGGUUGGUUUCAAGAACUUACCAGAUUCUCAAACGAAUAACAAUAAUGUCUUCAGAGUGGCAAUGAACCAAACUCAAAAUCCUUUAAUCCAUAAUGUUCAAGUAAGAUUAAACAACGAUAAUUAUCCUAACCAACCUUUAACAAUUAAUCCAACCACAAAGGAUUAUAAUGAAUUGUAUAGAAACUAUAAAAAUAUGUGUGAAUUAUUUGGAAAUCUGCCUCAGUUUGAAUAUGUAGAUUUUGCACUUAAUCAUCCAAUCUUCUGUUUUGAUCUAUCAGCUCACCAAGAAGAUCUUUUCAAAACAGGAGUCAACAUAAAUAUUCAUAUUGAAAAAACACAAGGAGAUGUAACAGGUUAUUGUUUAUUAUUGGAAGAAGCAAAACAUUUAAUUAAAAUAGCAGAUAGAAGAAUGAUAAGAAUUGAAGACGAUAUAGACUUAGAAAGAAUUGACGCGAACGCAAAAGAAGGUGGAUUUAUAUUUUCCCUACCUUUAAUAUUUGCUGGUAUUACCGCGGCGGCUACAGUGGCUGGUGCUACAGCUGGUGGAGUAAGCGUUGUCAGCGAAAAGAAAGCUGCUAUUGCAGAAGCUGCUGCUACAAAAGCUACCGAAGAAAAGAAAGCAGCCGAAGAACAUAAACAUAAUUUAAAAAUGGAAAAGUUGGCAGCAGAGGUUAAAAAACCUAAAACGGAAAAGAAAGGUUCAGGAGUAGGAGAUAUGAUAGGCACAAUAAAAGAAUUUGGAAAAAGAUUUAGUGAAGAAACCAAGAAAACUGUUAAACAAGGAUUAAAUAAAUUAGUAGAUAGUAUUGACACAGGAGAAAUCAAAGUCAAACAUAAGGGUAAUGGAAUAUUUUUAAAAAAAUAUACGCACUGGAGAAGGAAUAUAUCUUUCAAAGUAUAA